GCAAUAGCAAAACCUCGAUGGCGUUCCCGCAAUUGCCUGCAAACUCGAAGGGCACUCGCGCACCGGCUCCCCUGCCAGAUCUCGCUGUACACGGCCAGCCAUUACAUUACCCCACCGUCCACCUUCCCAGGCAUCAGUCCCUCCGUCCAUUAGUGCUCUCCACUCACUCUACUCCCCUCCACUUGCUACGACCAGCUAAGAAAGAGCCAAGGCUCGCGGCCGACGGACAGUAGCUAGCUAGAUAGAAUGGACCUGCUGCCGUGGCGUCUGGCCGUGGUGGCGGUGGUGCUAGCCGUGUCGGCAGCGGCGGCUGAGGGGUUCAACAUCACCAAGAUCCUUGGGGAGCACCCGGAGUACUCGCAGUUCAACAAGCUGCUGACGCAGACGCGGCUGGCAGGCGACAUCAACCGAGGCCGGACCAUCACCGUGCUGGCCGUGGCCAACGACGACAUAGGCGACCUCACCAGCGGCCACUACUCGCUGGGAACGCUCCGCCACAUCCUCGAGCUGCACGUCAUCGUCGACUACUUCGACGAGAAGAAGCUCAAGCAACUCUCGCACGCCGCCACCGCCGCCUCCACCAUGUUCCAGCGAUCCGGGGCUGCCACCGAUAUGAAUGGGUACGUCAACAUAACGCAACACCGUGGCGGCAAAGUGACGUUCAUCGCGGAUGGCGCGGCCGACGGCGCGACGCCGUCCACUUUCGUCGGGGACAUCUAUGCUAAACGCUUUGAUUACGCGGUGCUCCACGUCAGCAAGGUAUUGUCCUCCCCGGAGGCCGAGGCGCCCGUGGCCCCACCUGCACCCAUCAACCUCACCGACCUCCUCUCCAAGAAGUACUGCAAGAGCUUCGCGGGCCUCGUCGCCGCCGACGCCGACGCCUUCAGCAACAUCAACGCCACCAAGGACACCGCGCUUACACUCUUCUGCCCCGUCGACGCCGCCGUGGCCUCCUUCAUGCCUAAGUUCAAGAACCUCACGGCCAAGGCCAAGACGGCCAUCCUCCUCUACCACGCCGUGCCGGACUACUACUCGAUGCAGCUCCUUAAGUCCAACAACGGCAAGGUGACCACGCUCGCCACCACUAGCGUCGCCAAGAAGGACUACAGCUACGACGUUCAGUCCGAGGCCGACACCGUCACGCUGGACACUAAGGUCACCACCUCCUCCAUCCAGGCCACCGUCAGGGACGAUGACCCGCUCGCCGUCUACGCCAUCUCCAAAUUCCUGCAGCCCAAGGAGCUGUUCAAGGUCACAGAGGACCUCGCGUCGGCACCCGCGCCAGAGGAGCCCAAGAAGAAGACCAAGAAGAAGCCCACAACCACCUCCGCGGCCGCCGCGCCCUCGAACGACGAAUCCGCGGACAGCCCGGUCGCUGACUCCUCGGCCGACGAUGAUGCAGACAAGGCAGGCGCUACACCCUCCCUGACCGCCUGGUGGAUGACCGCGGCAGCAACGGUGGCUGCCGCGUUAGCUUUGGCGGCCUAAGGUGUGCGCUGAUGUGUUCCGUGUUUUAACUUAUUGGAACCCUCUCUUCUUGUCUUUGUCCAAUUCGUGUCCCUUGUUGGUGCAGAAAAUAAGAAGGGCUAUUUUUACUUUAUUUUUGUAUUUAUUACUGCAUUCCAUUAGGAAAAAAACAAAAGAAGAAAACUUAGAGGUGUGUGUGCGUGAUGUAGCUCUUUGCAUUUUGAUUUUUUGGGUUGUGGUGAUCAUUUUGUAAUGAUAGUGGUCAAUGGAAUUGGAGUGUGUUUUAUAUAUAAGGCAUCAUCGGGCUUAGUGUUCUACUCCA